AUGUCUGUCAACAGCAAACCAUUCAUACUUUCACCUGUGAGUAGCCCUUCAGAAUAUUCUCCCCCAACAGCAAUAACUCCAUUACCCAUUGCCACCCUAGCACCCAUACCACUCGAAUUGGAACCUCCUGUAAAGGAACCUUCAACAGCUGUACCCCCUACUCUCAUCAAAUCAUCUGAAAAAGAUUACAUUGCCCUAGAUGAUUACUUUUCUAUAGAUUUAGAUACUUCUUUCGAGUCUUUUUCGGUAAAUGAUCGAGAUCCUACUUACUUUUCAGACAGCUCUAUUGAAAUUGUAAAGCAUUCAAUUUCUGAUCGCACAAGAGCAAAAACAAACGAUUCUAUAAUUAAGCUUGAAACAGAUAACCAUACUCCAACUUUGGAGAAUUUUUUCACAAUCAGCAUUAAACACAAUGGCCAUUCUUACAGAAUAACUAGAGAUGUUGUCAUCCAUGACUUGGAAAAUAGGAAACCCAAUGAUGCUCUAAAAGUAUUUUAUUUGCACGCCCGAAGUUUUGGGGCUGUCAACAAUCGCAUGCUAAUCAAAACCCUUUCCAAGUUUUUUAAAAAUAAAUGGGUUCUUUACCAAGGAUGUUUUAAAGACACUACAAGAUUUUCUGGGUUUUACGUUUUAAAGUUUGAAAACCCACCAAAGUACAUGAUGAAGAUAUUGUUUAUUGACACUGACGAAGCUUCAACAAAAUACAACCAACAAGUAUUACGUGUUAAUGAAUCAUUUUUUUGUGCAUACCAUGGUUCACAUAGUGAUAAUAUUUGUCAACAUACCAUCAAGUUGUAUGAUAGCCAAGAUAAGGUCGAGUAA